UUGAACUGAAAAAUAUCUACCAAUCUAAAAUCAAAGAGAUGAAGGGAUAGUAAAAAAUGGUGAAAACAGAAAAUCCAAGUUAACUUGUACUUGAAGCAGAAGAAAAAUGAUGAAGCACAACAAAAGGUAGCAUUCGCAGACAAAAUAGGAAAGCGCGCCACAAUUUCCCAGACACCACACCUAAUUCAAAAAGGUAAUCGUGCGUUCCAUUCACAUUCUUCAUAUUUUCUGCAAUCGCAUCGUUACACAGACACAGUGUUUAAAGAGAAACCAUGCGAAUCUCAAAAGCUUCCUUUUACGCUCUCCUCCUUCACAAACCUUACAACCACCAAAACCUCGUCGUUUUAUCGCGGCGUCGUGUUAUCUCGUGCGCGCUGAGUAUGGCGCUGCUCGUGAGCACGCUCUACGUUCUGUGGCCGUCGGAUCCAGAUCUGAAGAUCGUGGGGCUGAAGCUGCGCCGGAUAAAGGUACACCCUGUGCCGCCCGUCACCGUGGACAUCUCCAUGCUGCUGACGCUCCAGGUGCGCAACGCUGACGUGUACUUCAUGGACUUGGGUGCGGUAAACGUGGCAGUGGCGUACAGAGGGAAGAUGCUGGGUCACGUGAGGUCGAGGGAGGUGCACGUGAGGGCGAGGGGGUCUUCCCACGUGGAUGCUGACGUGGAAUUCGCCGGCAUAAGUGUGCUGCCUGAGCUGGUGCUGCUUAUGGAAGACGUGGCCAAAGGUAUCGUACCGUUUGACACAGUUAGCCACACCGGUGGCCAAUUCGGCCUUUUCUUCUUUCAUUUCCCCAUCAAGGCAAAAGUAUCAUGUGAGGUUCUGGUGAGUAUAGUAAACCAGACUAUUAUUCGUCAACAUUGUCUCCACGAGUGACAACACAGGGUCCCCAGAAGCGUCCAAAGAUGCUUGCUAGCCCCACACUAUUAUUCAAAUUUAGAUAGGCCACUGUAAGUAUAAUGCAUAAUUGUAAGGUUAGCUUAAAAGAUUAGCAACCGUGUGUACUGAAGUUAGAUAAUCCUAUGUUAAUUAUUAUUGUAACAGUGGCUAAACAUCACUUGUGUAACUACUUAUGCUGACAUCCUUAUAUGUAUCAGUAAAUUUUGAUUCUGUAACAUGAUACUGUAAUGUAAUAACAUUUUAAUUUGUUUCGAAUUUUCCGAAACAAUAAAAUGACAAGAAGUGUUGGGGAAGGAGUUAUGGUGAUGAGGUGGUGAGAGUACAACUCUGUCGCGACGUAAGAAAAUAAAUGAAGGUGGCGAAGGAAUUGACAGAACCAAGAUGUUAGGUUACAUGC